ACAAUUAAUUAUGAUUAAUUACAAUUAUUUAUAUCGGCUGACAAUGAUAACUGUAGAAGAAUUAAAUUGCCAUCAACUGAUCUGGUCGUCCAGCGACCAUUCAGUGCAAGUUCAUAUCAACUAUUUAAGGAAGUAGAGUGUCAGGUACCAACUGAACUAUGGUCUCAACAUGACUCAGACAUAGGUAUAAUAAAAUCAGCACACCCAGUGAGAGUACAACUUAAACCAGAUGCACGUCUGCCCAGAAAAGUGCAAUACCCUUUGCGUCCAGAUACUGAAGCAGGUAUAAAAAACACUAUUGAAGGUUUAGUAAAGGCAGGAGUAUUAAUAGAAACAACUAGUUAUUGUAACACUACAAUUAUGCCUGUAAUCAAAGCAGACAAAAACAGAUGGCGUCUUUUUCAUGACCUACGAGCAAUCAAUGAUACAGUAGAGGAUUUGCCAGCUGAAGUACCAAAUCCGCACACGCUACUGACGAAUGUCCCUCCUGAUGCAAAAUACUUUACGCUGUGAUUGGACGCCUGUGAUUGUCAAUCAGGUUUUGCGGUCAAGAUGGAUGCUCAAAGAGAGGCUGAGUUGCAGAAUGCUGCUAGGCAUGUUGUGUCCCUUUUGCGAAGUGCUUUAGCUACGGAAUCAUGUUCACCAUCCCGGAUGGAUGAAGGGCAGGUUCAGAGAGAGCAGGUCUCAGCAGGCAGCAGACAGCAUGCAACACCAUUACAGGGUCAGGCUACCCCUGGCAACAGGGUGCAGUCUGCAGUGAGACCGCAGCAGACCCUUAGUGUUGCUGCACCAAGAAAUUCAGUGGACCAGAGUAUGGCAAGAGCAUUCCCUGGUCUGUUCAAGGCACGAAAAGGCUUCCCUACUCCUAAAAAAGGCCUGCCAGGUCAACGCCAAUCCAGUUUUUCCUGCUUAAUAAAAGUGUUGAAAGGACUCCAAAAGCCUCUGAUGAGUUGAUCCUACUACAGGCUGGAUUAGGACGGAGGACUGUUGCCAUCCCAGAGGAUGCUGACCACUCUGUGAUAUCUAAACUAUUGGUGGAGACAUAUUCAAAAAUGGAAUCGUUGGAAGGAGUCUGGAUGCUCUAUAAAGCUGUUGGUGGAUCAGGUCAGCGAAAGUUGAAUAUUGUUGCACCAGAAGCGGAAGGAUACACAGGAUCCUACCUCAUUAAAACAGUAGGAGCGAAGGGCUGUCUAUAUAUUAUGCCAAUACAGAACACUGUGGACAUCUCCCCUUUACCCUUCUCAUCAAAAGAAUUUGAAAAAAUGCCAAAAGCUCGAUGUGCCAAAUGUCACACAGACAUGCCUGUUCAACUGCUGGCUAUGCAUGUCCAGAAGUGUGAGACAGAUGUAUGGAUUAACUGCAGUGAUUAUGAAUCGGACCCUGGAGAUUCCUUGUCAUCUCAUUCAGAAGUGCCACCCAUUUCCACAAAAUUGGAUUAUGUCCGUGUCAAUGACCCUAGAGAACCUACAGAUACUGAAGCUCCAUCAACUUCCACAAAAAUGGAUAAUUUCAGUGGCAAUUUGGGGGUGAGUUGGAUUUCAUGGAUUCAUCUUUGGCAGUGAUGGAUGUCAAGGUAUCUUGUCCUAUGUGUUCGGCCAUGUAUCCAGAAGACUACAUUGAAGUACAUGCAAGUACCUGUGGGGAAAGAUAUGAAGGUACACCAAACACGGAUUUGAAUAUUGCAGAGCAAAAGCAAGACAAGCAAAAACAGGUGCAUUUAAGUAUCUAUUUUAAUUUUUUUGCCUUGGCUGAAAACUACAUAAUGCAUCUGGAAGACAUGUUCAACCGAGGCUUGACUCAACGGAAACGGCAGAAGAAGUCCUCUCCAAAGAAUCCCCUCAGAGUCACUUUCAUUGGAGAGCCUGGAAUAGACAGUGGUGCUCUUAUGAAAGAAUUCCUGACAGAAAUGAUGGUUGGGAUUGAGGCAAAAUUCUUUGAGGGAGGGAAUUUUGGGAAAAAUCUGAAGUAUUCCAUCACAGAUUUUCAGAAUGACAGUUUCAGGACAAUUGGUGAAAUAAUGGCUGUGAGCAUUACACAGGAUGGCCCUCCACCUAACUUUUUUCUGGAGUGGAUAUACAAUUUUCUCUCUUCUGGGGAAAUUAAUAAAGAUCAGCUGUCCAAGGCUGAUGUUACAGAUCCAGACCUUCUAGACCUCAUUGAUAAGAUAGAGACAGCAGACACUACAGCGUUGCUUGACAUCUCUGAAAGAGUGGUAGCAUGUGGAUACACUGGACCGCUAACAUCUGACAGAAAGGAGGACAUUGUCACUGCUGUCGUCCUGCAUUCCUCUGUCCGAAUCCUUCCAAUGCUGCAGCAGAUGUGCAAAGGAUUGGAACUCUAUGGCCUUCAUGAAAUGAUGAAAAAAAAUCAUCUUUUACUUCAGCCGUUAUUUGUUCCUGGACAUUUUGAAAAAAAGGAAGCACUAGUACAGAGCUCAGAGGUGAGGAUGACAACGAACAGGGGGAUAAAAUGGAGGACUGCACCAACGGAGAAGAACAAGACACGAUCACUGUCAGCAGCUUCAUGCAGUGGCUGACUGGUCAAGGACACAUUCCCAUUAGAUCCACACAUAGAGAAAAAUUCAAAAUACAUGUGGAAUUUGACCACGACUGUCAGUUGCGAUACGGUCAACACAGUUUGUGCUACCCCCUCGUAAACGCAUGCUCCUGUACCAUGACCUUGCCCACACAGCACUUAGGAACUUACAAAGAGUUUCUUUGCAUUAUGCGACAGGCUGUGAUCAAAAGCAAAGAAUUUGGGCGUUCAUGAGAUGAAUUCUUAUUGUAGUGUUUAGUUCAUAUGCUGUGUACUCUGUUAUACUGUUAUCAGUUUGUAAAAAAAAACAGGGAUGUAACCGUUUUCAGAUGUUCAACUGUAGUUUUUCUUUAUAAUAGUUUUGCUCAUUAUGGGCAUGUAUUGAUUGCUGGCAGAUUGUUACAAAA